AAAGAAGGGUGGAAUCCGCCCUUAGAGGUGCGCGUCUGUUUCACCUCUUCACUUCGAUAGGAAUAUACGCGGCUCUUCAAAUUCAGACAAAGACGACGACAAUUGCUUCCUUGGACAACACAAGAUGGAUUUUCGCCCACUGUUUGUGUUUCAUGGCUUCGCCACUGAGCUAACCCUGGAGCGUACGGCGGAGGUGGCCAAGGUGGCGAAGGAAGCUAAGUCCUCGGUGGCCUGCGCGGUGCAGAAAGGGGAGGAGGUGAAAGAGGAAGGCCGGGCACGCAUCCGCCAGUCUGGAGGAGACCCCGGAUGCCCCAAGCUGGUGCUCAGUGAGAGCAAGCUCCAGUUUGGGCAGUACCGGGGUCAAACCUUCAAGUGGCUGCUGGGGAAUGACGUGGGACAUGGUCGCCGCCCUUCGCUCUCAGGCCGUGCGCAUGGGGGAGAUGCCCUUCAGGGAGCUGGAUGGCAGAGCAGUGGGUUUUGGGGCUCAUGCCAAAAGGACAUACUCCGCACUGUAUGAAUCCCCCAACGGCGAUGAUCAAUCCUACUUGCAAUGGCUACGAGGCAAGCAAACCAAACCGGGUUCCACCAUGUAUGCCUUCCAGCGUUACGUGUUGAAGCGUGACAAGAAUGCACAAACGCAGACCGCCGCGGCCGGACGUGACGCCUCAGGUAAAUGCUCUUCCCAGGUUUGUAUGACUUUGUUUACAGGUGAAGAGGAGCCCACUGAUGCAAUGCUCGUUGAAGCGGCCAUGGAGGUGGAAUCUCAGCCUUCUACUACCUCGCAGACAAUGAGGACGCCGCUGGAAGCAGGCCCUUCCCGCCUUACCGCUCCUAUCGCCGGACAUGAUGCUGCUGCGUCGCCCCUGACUUCAGGUGCCGAGUUGCUGCCCAAGUCCUGGCGACAGACGCUGCCGGAAGAACAGCACGACUGGGUGGGCCGUGCGCUUUUUUUCCGAGGUCCCAAGGGGAAAGCGGUUCUCAAGUCUGGGCUGCAACUGUGGUGGCAACCUCCUAAGAAAUUGCCGUAUUACACGCAGCCCCCUGCUUCGUCCGCCGUCUUUUUCCUCUCGCGCUUUUUCCUGUGGUGCCCGUACAAGCUUUGGGGCUGCAAACUGGAGUGCCCAAAAUGCAAGCACAAGCUGACGGGUUUUGGACUGUACAAGACCCUGAGAAAGGUCUUGGACUUAAGUGACUGGUACUACAUGGCCACAGAGUAUCUGGAGUGCCACGCGUGCCACAAGAAGUAUGCCGCUUGGGCCAGCAACAUCAUCGGGCAGCUGAGCACGGCAAAACAGGCAGAGUUCCCGGCGAUCCUCACCUACAGGUUAUCUUGUGACAAGAAGGUCAUACGGCAAAUGCAGGCUCGCACGCUGGGUAACAGUGCCACUCGGCUUCUCUCCUACUUGGUAGAGGAGCACUCACGAGAGUGGCAGACUCGGGCACUCGGCUACCUGGAGGUGAUGGCUCGCUUUCGCUCCGUCAGCUCCUUCCCGCUGCCGAGGGCCUGUAUCCCGCCCAUGCGCCCGCUGCCUAGCGUUUCCUCGCUGCUGUCGGUGUACGUGAGGGAGGUUCUUCCUCUCAUGGAGCACCCGAAGGCCAGGAUUACGUCUACUUUCGGAAGUAUCCUGAAAAUGGACUCCACCAAGAAGAUGACCAAGAAGCUGGCAGGUGAAGCCGCGGGAACGGCUGCCUGGGUCACCAACGUCGGCAACGAGCUGGGCCAGGUGCUAAUGUCGGUGCUGACGGCGGCAGAGGGGGGCGGUCUGCUGGCCAUGGCCCAGGGACUCAUGCGCCGCUACCGAGAGGCCGGGCGAGACCCUCCUCACGUGCUCUACGUGGACCGUGACUGCUGCUGCUCCGCCGCCGGACAGCCUAAGGUGGCGGCUACGUUCGGCGAGUGGGACAGGCUGGUGGUGCGCCUGGACGCGUGGCACCUCAUGCGCCGCUUUGCCAGGGGCGUUUCCACAGAGACCCACACGCUGUAUGGCAAAUUCAUGAACAGACUCUCGUUUGCCAUGUUUGAGUGGGACGAAGGGGACAUGAGCCGCCUGCGCGAGGCUAAGCGGGCGGAGCGGGGCGGGAACGCCCACGUCGAGCCGUCGCGCAAGGAGCUGCACCGUCACUGCCGCCGGCGCACCAGAGGAGUGGAGGAGACCACGCGUCUUGUCCAGGAGGUGCUGGAUCACCUGUGGGAUGCCAAAGACACCUUGGGCGUCAAGCUUUUUGACCAAGGCAGGAUGAAGGAGAUUUGGAGCACUCAGCGACGCCACUUGGGCUGCAUCCAGGACCCGCCUGGCGUGGCGCUUUAUACAAGAACUUCCACAGUGACCAGAGGAGGGGUGGCUCUUCCCGUCUUCCGCUGUGCAAGGGGCUCCACUUCUCUGGAGAGCUUCCACCUGCACUUGUCCCGUUUCAUUCCAGGUACGUCGGCCAACGCGCUCCAUUUCCAGGUUUACCUUCUGGAGGGUCUGUGUAGGUGGAACGAGGGCCGAGGAAGAGCGGCGGUGAAAGGGACCGAUGAUGUCACGGUGCAGUGUUACGACGCCGGCCUGCAAGACGCGCUCGCGCAGCUGACACAAGAGCUCAUGGGUCUCACGCUGGUUGACAAUUACACCCCGGCGAGCAAGUACACAGGAGAGGUUAUUGGCCUCCAGUAUCUGUAUGCCCAGACUGGCGUCGUGCUGCAGUCCCACAUUGUGGAUGAUCCGGACCAGCCUGUCUCAGAUGACAUGGAGGACGAAGACCAACUCGAGGAUGAUGAGGGUUACGAUGACGAGCCAGUGGGAAUCGAGCAGUAUACGGGUGACCGCCAUUCCUCCAUGACUCGGCCUCCCGACGAUGAGCCAGCAGAAGAGAAGGAAGAAGAAGAAGUGUCAUCUUUCUCCUGACUUACCUGACAAUUUUGACUCUGAGUAAUAUAAAGAUCUGUUUUUUGACACAGAAUGUUAGGUCCAGACGGGAACGGCGGAUACCAGCAUGUCUGUCGCUUGGCCACCGCCCUGGUUGCGCUGCGGCGCCAAAUGUUUGUGCCGCCUCGGCAGGAGAGGCAUAUAAUAGAACUUUGGCAAAAGCUGACGGACGGAGAAAAAACGCCUCUCAGCCUUCCCCCCCGCCACGCUCCCAAGCUGAACAAGGGACGCUUCCAGGUCUCCAGGCAACACAACUUGGAAGGGGUGGCCAGUGUAAAACGUUUGUGCAUCGGGCGGGGCACCGAGGUUGCGCACUCCCCGGACAGAAGCAGGUUGAUGGAGGCCGUCUUCAUUCAGCUGUUGAGCCACCACAGCCAAGAGCACUGCAUUUCGGGGUUCCGGCAGAGCCGAUGGUCACUGAUCAUGCGGGACUACACGCGCAUUCGCGAGAACCUGUCCAGCAACCGGGUCAUCAAAGCUGCUGGCUGCAGCAUUCGCCUCAUGGAGGUCGACCACCGCACGCUCACUCAAUGGUUCAACAAGCGGUGUAAGGACAUGGCCACUGCUGCUGUUGUUGCGACGGUGCCAGCACAAAGUGCAGCAGCGACGACGACACAGUCCCUUCCUGCAGCCAGGGAACUGAUGGUAGAUGUCGCACAACCCCAUGACGCGCACAACUUUCAGCACCCAGCUGACACAUCUGGCCUGGCUUGCACACGAAGGGGGCCUGUGGUGCCAGAACUCUACCGUGCUGUUGUUGCUGCUGCUGCUGCUCCUCCAUCGUCAUCAUCCUCUGCUGCUCCUCCUCCUCCUCCAUCAUCCUCUGCUGCUGCUGCUGCUCCUGCUCCUCCAUCAUUAUCGUCCUCUGCGGCUGCUGCUCCUCCUCUUCCCAGGAUACCACACUCAACAGCCUGGUAUCAGAAAAAGAAGGCACUUAGCCUAGGUGGUAUUAUGGAUGCCGCUCCCAAGCGAACCGAGACAUUCAAGUGCAAACUCCGUGGGCAACGAAAGAAGAAAGAAUAUGGCCACAGUCGCUACAGAAACGAGACCUUUUGCGCACGGUUCGAAGGGGCGUUCGGUGGAGGAGUGGUUGGCUGAGAAGAGGAGCCAGGACACCCAAAAGACAGAGGCAGGCCCAGCACACAAGAGCAACCCAGCCACCUGCUGUUCCUGUGCCCAACCCACAGACCCCUGUGCCCAACCCACAGACCCCUGUGCCCAACCCAUACGCCCAUUCAAUGUUGUUGCUGCGGAAGAUUUUACCAAAACCACCUCUGUAACCUUAUGACCCUCUGUUUUUUGCAUUGUCCCUUUCAAAAAUACUUCUGGAAUACAAUACUUUGUACAUGACUUUUGCAUUGUAUAGUUUUAUUGCAUCUUGUCUUAUAUGUUUACUGUAAAAAAUACCCUGUAUAUACUUUCUACAUGACUUUUGCAUUGUACAGUUUACUUUUAUGGUGGUGUGGAAAUUGUAAUGAUUGUUUGCAUUGCUUUCUUUAAAUGCAGUUAUUAUACUCAAAAGAAACUACAGUUAUUUAUAUACUAAUAAGUUUAAAAACUACACUAAUUUAUAUACUAAUAGGCCAAUACACAUAUGUUUAUUUAAAUAUGUCCAUAA